AAUGAGGCGGGAUCAUUUCAGCUGCGACUGUCAAGAUUGGCAAAGGGCUGGCGCUGCUGUUGCGUGCAGGUAAAAAGAACAAGCGACAGAAAAAAAAGCCUGAAAACAUUCAUCCUAGCUGAAAGCGAGGGCUGCAAUGGAAACGUGGAAAUCUCAUCGACUGGAACAAACUAAAAAGCGAGGAUUUUAAGUCGGUGAAAAAAGCAAAAACAUCUUUUCAUCUUGGAAGAAAGUGCUGUUGUGUCAACCAUCGUUGGGCUUUCUUUCACGCUUUGUACAGCAAGCAACUUGGACAGCUGCGUGUUUGCAAGCGAGCCAUCAACAAAGAAUGAAAGCAUUGAAACGAGUGAACAUGACAAGUCAUCUCCUCUUCCGUAGCCUCGGAGGAAGAGCAUCGCCCGGAGCAGGAGCACUCUUCCGCCAUGUCUGACAGCGAUGACGGCUCCCCACUCGACCUGUCAGGAAGAGGGCUUCUUGGGAAGCGCCGUCGCCGUGGCAACCUACCCAAGGAGGCGGUGCAGAUUCUCCGGAGCUGGCUGUACGAGCACCGCUUCAAUGCCUACCCGUCGGAGCAGGAGAAACUCAGCCUGUCGGGACAAACCAACCUCUCUUUGCUGCAGAUAUGUAACUGGUUCAUCAAUGCACGUCGCCGCCUGCUCCCUGACCUGCUUCGGAAGGACGGCAAAGAUCCCACCAAAUUCACAAUCUCUCGUAAAGUUGGAGGUAAAAAUGAGAGCCAUUCAGCUAACGGAGGUGAAGCCAGUUCACUAGAAAAUGGUGCUUCUACAGCCUCUUCUCAGCAGCGUCCAUCUGUGAUCCGCUCAGCACCUACUUUGGAUCUCAGUCUACUUGGUAACACGGCAACAGCUAUCCUGACAGGGGCGGGCUACCCUGGUAAGGAAGGAUCAGUCCAGGCGCUUAUGAGGCUGGAUACGCAAAGCCUGCUACGGGAAGCAGAGGAAAAGGGGGCUCAGUCGGCUUGCCUCACCAGCACAACAAUAGCAGCUAGUCCUACCGGUGGCCUCUUCAACACGCCUCCUCCGACUCCUCCUGAGCUGUACCCAACCCAAGACUUUAGUGAUUUGAGGCUCCUCGUAGAUGCAGCUCUGCAAAGGGCUGCAGAGCAAGAGAGACUCGAAGAGACCCAGAACAAACUCUCAGAGUCUGUAACAACUGAAGUAGUAAAUGAGAAGUCCAGUGCUCACAGCAGUAACAUGGGCCCAACCCCACCUCCAGAGGAACAAGUCAUGGAUCCUUCCAGGGUGCAGAGUUUAAUGGAGAAGGCUAUGGCUGUUACAGUGUCCGACGGAACUUCAUUAAAAUCUCCCGUGCCUGCGUCCUCAGGAGCAUCUGUGCCAGUCCCAGCUCCAGUAUUGCUGUCAGCCUCGAGGAUAUCAUCCCUUCCAAUGAAUAAAGUCUUAUGGAGUCCCGUAGAGGUGGACUCUGUCCGAGCAUCCAGCCCAAACCAACCUCAACUUAUCCCAGCCAUAGUGCCAGUGUCUGCCUUAGUCUUGGGACACUCAGAUUUGCAGAAACCAGCUGCUGUCCCAGCUGGUACUCCAGCACCAUUAUCAGCUUCUGUCUCACCUCCCUGCACAGGUCCUGCAGAUAAUUCAGUGCCGGAAACUAGAUCAGUCUCGGUGCCAUCACUAGGCGCUACAAGCCAGGAUUCUUCCCCAACUUCUCUUCCUCCAGCUGUCACCUCUAGAGGAGUCCCACUUCACCUGCCAUUCCACAAACCUCCUUUUAUCCCGGCAACGGCCCCAUGCUCGAUACCCAGUUCACCCCCAGUGUCUUCUGCAACACCAGUUUCUGCCUCUGCCCCCUCUCUGGCUGCUGUCCCCGCUGCAGCUUUGCCUACUUCAGCGAUCACACCUUGCCUGGGCCUCACCUCCCACCUCCCCCCUCCUCUGCAGCCUUUCUCCACAGGCAGCAGCAGCAGUUUGCAGAGGAAUUCAGCAAUGGUGCCCAGCGUUUGGAGUGUGGUUCACGCUCACACCAGGCAACCCACUUCACUUCAAGUGGUAAAGACCCCCAUCACCACCGUGUGGGGGCCUCAACACGGGCUGCACACAGUGAGUGAAACUGUCAACUAAAAGCUGGAGCUGGAUAUCUUGUAUAUUUGGGGUGGAGUGAAGCCAACCUCUUUUUAGUUUGGAAACACUGUAUAUAGAAGAAUGUAUCGUCACAACCAGUCAUGAAGUCCUGAGCCUGCACAAGACCAAGUAAGCUAACAGGCAUGAGGUGAUUUUGAGGCUAAGAACUUUUAAUGUUUAAUACACUGUUUGCAUUGAAAGCUGAUUCUUUUAUAACACUCGACCAUUUCUGUCAGACUGAAUGCUCUUCAGUAUGGAGUAAAUGUUUUGUACAAAAGUUUUGAUGCCAUUUUCAGCGACCUACUAUGUUAAGAUUUUGAAUAAGAAGAAAAAUAUCCCACAUUUGUAGAAAAAUUGAGCCAGUCUAGUGAUCAGCACAACAGAUUGGCCUCUCGAGUUGCAGUGCUGGACUUUUAUGAAUGUAAAAAGACAUUUAUGCUCACGACUGGUUGACCUAAAAAGGAUAACGUGAUUUUUAUUUUAUCAGAACAGCAACAACUUAAUAGAUUUUCAUAGUUGUGCAAUUCAAAUGACCAAUUUUUAUUUUUUUAUUCCUAUUUUUUUAUUCUUAUUUUUAUCAGUAAGUAUUUCUUUUUUCUUUGUAUUUUCUUCCCUUACUCUGUUGUUGUAAAGAAGCUAAGCAGAAGGGAAAUUGUAUAUACUGCAGCAAGCCUCACAAAUGAAUCAGUUGACUCCAAAUAUCCCCAUCACAUCAUGCUGCCUUUUUAUGUCAUUUUCCCCUCAUGACUUAUCUUGGCUCACAUUUACAAACACACUCGAGUUUCACAUGUUUUUUUUUUUGUUUGUUUUUUUUUUUGUGCCAGUUUCAUUUCAUAAGUUUUAUUUCAACAAAUGAGCAGUAUUUUCUUUGUUUCUGUCCAGAAAAGCAUCUGCUGUCAUCUCACCCAGCUCCCAAAGGGGUGUAGCUGCAUAUAGCCCGCAUUAUGUUACAUAGGCCAGUCUCAGUGGAGAGGUGAUGCAGGAAAAACACUACGGUUUACUGUUUUUCAAAUCUGAAUGUCAUAUUGGUGGAAAGGGGUAGUUAAUACUUGCAGGUUUACUUUACAAAGCAAAUGUAGCACACUUAGUAUCUGGUAUUCUUCUCUGUUGGUACUAGAUCAUUAACAUUUUAGUUCAGUUGAUCUAUAUUUUCAGUUUGGUUCAGAAACGGUUUCUAUAGAAUUCCUUAUAAUCCAUAAAUCUUUAGUUUCUGUGAAACUGUGUUAGGAUAAGCCACAAUAUCAGGCUGAAUACUAUCUGGACAUCUAUUAACAGUAGCAGUGUGUGUGUGUAAAGAAAAAGUGGGUUUUCUUGUGCUGUUGUUAAUUGUCAGCUUUCAUAUUUACCAAUGUCACUGAGCUGCUUUUGGUUCACUUGGUUGCAUUUUUCAUGUGCAUGUUGUUGGAGACAAAAGAAGGAAGUGUGAUGUUGGAUCUUACUGCUGAGCAAUAACCACUGUGACCAUUCCCUGAAAACCUCAUUCCACGCUUCACUGUUGUUUUUGUGU